AUGGGCACCGCCCUGUCCACCUCGUGGGCGUCUCUCCCGCCCAUCGCCGAGUUCUACCCUCCAACUCCGGCGGCUUACACUACCGUGGUCACGGUCUUCCAAUAUUUCCCGGUGUUUACUAUCCUGCAAUGGCUUCUCUCGUGGCAUCCAGCGGGGAAAACAUCCCUCAAAAGCUCCAUCUUCAAUAUCCCAGGCCGAGUCGCCUGGUGCGCGAUGGAGAUCGUUGGUCCCGUCAACUUGCUCUACAACCUUUCUCAGAGCACUCCAUCUUUGACUGAGUUGCCCGCAAUCAACCAGCUGGUCGCGGCUCUUUAUUGCAUCCAUUAUGCCAACCGCGCCGUGAUCUCACCCUUCUUCUCGGCACCGAGCAUGUCGCCCAUUCACGUCUUCGUGAUUGUCAGUGCAAUGAGCUUCAACUGGUUUAAUUCGUCUGGUCUAGCCGCAUGGUUAUCCGGGUACGAGAUUCCCAUCGCUGGGUACCGCAUCAGCGGCGCCUCGGCCCUGGUUUCUUCUUCCAUGCCCUCUGAUUCGCUCUCGCUGGUUCAAAUCCUUCCAGUAGUCGGAACUGCCGUAUUCAUCAUCGGCAUGGCUGGUAACAUCUACUCAGAGACGGCACUCUUCCGUCUCAGGAGGGAAGAAGUAGAGAAGCGCGUCGAAAAGAAAUCAGACGACAAAGCCCCUGCUGGCGGUGCCAACAAGUUCCACAAGGUCUAUGUGAUCCCGCCAGUGCAGGGCGUCUUCCGAUCUAUCUUGUACCCGCACUACGUCUUUGAGUGGCUGGAGUGGACUGGAUUUGCUCUCGCUGGAGUCGCGGUGUUCCCCCUUUCUCUGUCUACCAAGCUCGGCACUGCCACUAGUGCGGUCGUCGCUCCACCGCUUCAGCCUGCGCCGUGGAUUGUCCCUGCUGCGUGGGUGGCGGAUCGAUUUGGAGUUCCUCUCCCUCUGCCAGCUGUGCUGUUUGUUAUCAAUGCCAUUGCUAAUAUGCUGCCUCAUGCCCGGUGGGGCCGGAAAUGGUAUGUCGAGAAGUUUGGGGACAAGGGUGUCGCUGGAAGAGGUGCUGUGGUGCCUUGGUGCCAAUGGAUGUGA